CAAUUAUUGUCAUCCCCCAGUUGUGUACACACUGUUUUGACGUUAAGAGUUUUGCUGACUUUUUAUUUAUAAACAGAAAACACAGAAAAACAUGGUGUAAGUCGUGAGCCAGACACACACCAACACACGGCCACGCACACACCGCCCUCGUUCUUGUUGUUAUUGAAUUUUGCAUUUUCGAAUUGCGAAAAUCGCCCAAGGAGCCCAACAGAUUAUGCACCCAAGUUGCACGCUGCACAGAAAUUGAUUCGAAGAGAAGGAGGAAAAGCAACCAAGCAGAUACAGAGAGAGAAAAAAGAAAGUGUUCGGACGGCCUUGGGCGAAAAACGGGAGCAGCGAGAGGGAACCCAAUUAAGUAGCCCAGGCUAGUAGGUUCAGUAGGUCACUGCCGCACCGUUUUUGCAAGGGGGCAGUGGCCCAAGGACAUCCGGGCGGGAGUCCCACCACCCACAGUCCACACCCACUGCAAAGGAUAUAGAGACAGACACCCUUCAAUUGGCAAUGAGACGGUGCGCUGGCAAUGCGCUCACUUGAAUGCAGCCAUCGACAGUCGAUCAGCUGCAGCUGGAGUUGGAAGCCAAGGAUCAGGAUUGAAAUCCUCACCCGGAGCAGGAGCUGGCUGUCCCACAGCCAUCGAUGGCCAACGAACGCAAGCAGAGCAGUCCCAAGGUGGAGCUAACAAAGCUCAGUCACGAACUGAUCGAGGAGUGCAAGCGCAGCCAGGAAGAUUCACUGCUGUCGCGCCACCUACGCCAUGAACUGGAAAAGCUACCCCGCGAAUCACGUCGCGAGUUGGUACGAAAGCAGCGAAAUGGCUGCGCUCCUCUCUUCAUUGCCUGCAAACGAGGCGCCGUGGACAUCGCCGAGUAUCUGAUCACAAUCUGCGAGGCGGACAUCGAGCAAAUGGGUCACUUUGAGGUGCCGGAGGAUAAUAGCUUUCACUAUGUAUCUCCACUUUGGGCAGCCGUCGUCUCUGGGAAACUGUCCAUGGUUAAGUACCUGGUGCGGAUCGGUUGCGACAUAAAUGCCACCUCCGAUUCGGGAUCUACACCCGUGAGGAGUGCCUGCUACAUGACACACGUUGAUAUCGUCAAAUUUCUUGUCGAGAAUGGAGCGGACAUCAAGCGGCCGAACAUUAAUGGUGGCACCUGUCUGAUCAACUCAGUGCAAUCGGUGCAGUUGUGCUUAUAUCUGGUGCGGAAAGGAGCGGACAUUAAUGCCAGAGAUAUUCAGGAUAAGACAGCGCUCCACUAUGCUAUCCAGGAGCACAGACUGGACACAACAAAGAUGUUGAUAGAACAGGGCGCAGACCCGUUUGCAAAGAGUCGAUAUGGAGACGAUGCCCUUCGCACCGCCUGCUUGAAGGGAGCUCAUCAUAUCUUCGACUUCUUAAAGAAGGAGCUGACUUAUUUGCCUGCACGGUUGGCGGAGGCCCACGAGUUAAUGGGAUCGACGUUCCUGGACGAGCACAAUGAGUCACGGGUGUGCAUAUUGCAUUGGCGCAUAGCGCAUCACAUUCGGGCAGCAUAUACGCCGUACAUAGAAAAGAAACCGCAGGUUCCUCUGCGCACUGCCUACGAGAACGCAGUGGAGUUUAGCACGCUGGAGGAGCUGGACAACAUUGCCACGGAUAUGGAUGCAAUGAGAACGCAGAGCCUGCUCAUCUGUGAGCGGGUUCUUGGACUGACCCACAAGGACAUGCUAUUUCGUUUAACUUUCAGGGGCGCAUCAUAUGCGGAUUCACUUCAGCUUCAGCGCUGCAUUGAUCUGUGGCGGUUCCUGCUGGAAGUGCGUGUGUCCAACUGGUCCAUCCUGCACUUUGAGACUUGUUUCGCGGCGCAAGCGCUGGUACGUUUGAUGUUGGACUUGCAGGUCCAGAACUCGAGUCAUAUAAGGAGCGAUGCCAGAGCCAGAUUUGUGCAUCAGGAUAAAGUGUUGCCCAGAUUUGAGGAUGUGCUCGGUGUAUUUCGAACGCUGGCGGAAAGCGCCAUUGUGGUGAAGCACCUGCUACUCUUGAGACCAGUGUUCAGGAGGCAACAGGAGAACUACGACAGGGUGAUGAGGUGCUUAGCUCACCUCAUCUAUCUGCUGAUCAAUACCGUCCAUACAGAGGCACAGAAUAAACUCAUCUGCCAGGCGGUACACGAGACGGUGGUGGUGGGGAAUCUUCGUAGUGCCAGCACUGCCGAUACAAUGCUCCAUCUCUGCGCCUCGCGUCUGAACGUCAUUAAGAGCGGUUACAUCACUGAUGACAACUUUGCCAAUAAGACUGUGUUCCCCAAUGCGGAUGUCAUCAAGCUCCUCAUCCAGUGCGGUGUCGAUGUCAACAUCAAGAACGAAGCCAAAUCUACGCCACUGCACGUAGCCUGCCAGCCCUACAACUAUGACAAUGAGAUUGUUCACCUGUUGCUCAAGUGCGGAGCGGACAUCGAUCAGCCGAAUCGCGCCGACAAGCGGCCCUACGACUUAAUAGCCUCAAAUCCCACCAGCACCAUUCCGCUGCUCAACUUUGUUACGCUGCAGUGUUUGGCGGCGACGGCAAUAAGCAAACACCGGAUACCUUACCACAAUCAGCUGCACAGGCAGCUUGAAAAGUUCGUCCGAAACCACGAACCCUAAGGUGGUAUUUUAGCUGAAACUGGACGCUAAAUCGAAGCCAGAAGCGUGUUUAAUGUCUAUGUCUUAUGUCUAAAUUAAAGGCGUUUCAAUCUAAGAUGAUUAUCCCUUUUCGAAAUUUUCAAAAUUUCACCAGUGUCGGUUAAUUUGUCCCGCUCUAUAUAUUAAAUACAUAUUUACAGAUAUCUAUAUCUAUUGUUAAAUCGGCUUAACGUAGUUUAAAACUCCAAUCAAGAUCAGAAGUAAUAUUCAGAAGCAGAAUCAGAACAAAACAUUGUAACAGAACAAGCAAAAAGUGUAAACGAUGAACGUGAUAUUAAAAACUACAUAUAUA